GGUUUUCCAUUUUCUUUUGUUUGAAAUCUUUAUAAGAUAACAAUACAACCAUAUUACACCUGCACAUUCUCAAGGUUCUUGGUAUCAUAUUAAUUUCCUAAUAACAGGAUUAAGAUGGCUAUGGCUACCAAAGUUGAGAUCAUACAAAAAGAUACUAUCAAACCAUCUUCUCCUACUCCUCAUGACCUCAAAAUUCUCAAGCUUUCUCUUCUUGAUCAGUUCAUUCCCAUUACUUACACAUCACUACUUCUCUUUUACCCUAUAAAUUAUGGUGAUGAUAAUUUAGAUCACCAUGCCAGUACAAGUGAAAAAUCUCUGAAGCUAAAGAAAUCAUUAUCUGAAACCUUAACUCAUUUUCACCCACUUGCAGGCAGGCUCAGGGAUAAUACCUCUGUAGCUUGUGAUGAUCAGGGUGCCGAAUUUAUCGAAGCGCGAGUCAAUUGUCUUCUUUCAGAACUUCUGAAGAACCCUGACGCUCAAGUCCUGAGCCAAUUCUUGCCUGCACCAAUUGAAUCUCCUGAAGCAGCAACCGGAAAUCUAUUACUUGUACAAGCUACUUUCUUUGAUUGUGGCGGAUUGGCAGUGGGGAUUUGUAUCUCCCACAAGAUGGCUGAUGCUGCGACAUUAACCACAUUCAUCAGGUGCUGGUCUGCAACCGCUACUGACAGAAGUAAGAUACUGAACCCUGUAUUCAUGGGUGCAUCUAUUUUUCCACCUAUAGACAUCUCAAUUCCAAGGACCCCAGUUGAGCUAAUGCAACAGAAAUGCGUCACAAGAAGGUUUGUGUUCGCUGCCCCAAAGAUUGCCGCACUGAGGGCUAAAGUCGCCAGUACAACCGUGCCGGACCCGACAAGAGUAGAAGCUGUUUCAGGAAUUUUAUGGAAAAGUGCAGUGACUGCAUCGAGAAUAAGAUUUGGAUAUUCUAGACCAUCUAUUUGGUCUAUUUCUGUAAACAUGCGUACAAGGUUCGUGCCGCCUUUUCCUGAAAACUAUGCAGGCAAUUGCCUAGGACACAUCGCUCCGAUCUUGAUGGAUGGAGAGUGUGAAUUCGAAUUGAAAGAGCUAGUGGGCAGAGUAAGGAAAGAGAUAAAAGGGUUUGGGGAAAAUUAUGUGAAAAAACUUCAAGGGGAGGGAGCUUUAUUAGCAGUUUGUGGGUUUGCCAAGGAGUUUGGAAACCUGGCUAUGAGCAAUGAUAAUGACUUCUAUAUUUGCACAAGUUGGUGUAAAUAUGAACUGUAUGAUGCCGAUUUUGGAUGGGGAAAGCCUGUUUGGGUCGGUAAUGCUAGUCACAAAGUAAGGAAUGUUGCUAUUCUGAUGGAUACAAGAGAUGGUGAUGGAAUUGAAGUAUGGUUGACUCUAGGUGAAGAAGAUAUGGCCUUUUUCGAAUCUAAUGAAGAACUUCUUGAAUUUGCUGAUAUAAAUCCUAGUGUUUCACUUCCUUGAGAUGCUAUGAUUUAAUUCUUUGUUUAUGCAUAUAAAUGGGUUCUUGUUUGUUAAAUGUAUGUAUUUACGUCCAAAUUUC